AUGUUGCUCAAGCACACUUUGCUACCAGCUUUGGCGUCGGCCAUCGCACUCUUGUCGCAGCGCACUACAGCCUCUCCGAUCGGCGCCUUUGUACCUCCUGGCAAUGACACUGGUCCUGUGAUUCGCGCUGACACCUCCGGAAAGCUUUACGAUUCUUUGCUCGACGAGCGCGGCCAACUGCUCGACGACGCUCGCAUCAUUUUCGAGCCGCGUCAGAACCCCGGAUUUGCUUAUGGAAGUCAGAAGGUGCGAGGGGUCAACAUUGGUGGGUGGCUGGUUGCCGAGCCGUGGAUCACUCCGAGCUUGUUCGACAACACGGGCGACUCGCGCGUCAUUGACGAGUGGACAUUUGGCCAGUACGCUAGCAACGCAUACAACCGACUGCAGAACCACUGGGCCACCUUUUACACUGAGUCUGACUUUGCUCAGAUCGCAGCGGCUGGUCUCAACCAUGUCCGCAUCCCCAUUGGCUACUGGGCUUUCGACACGUCGGCCGGCGAGCCGUAUGUGCGCUCAAACCAGGCUGACUACCUGGAGCGAGCGAUCCAAUGGUCCCGAAACCAUGGGCUCAAGGUGAUUAUUGACCUGCAUGGCGCACCGGGUUCUCAGAACGGAUUCGACAACUCUGGUCGCAAGGGUAGCGUCAAUUGGCCCAACGACGCCAACAACGCCAACCGUGCUGCUGCGGUGAUUGGUACGAUUGCCGCUCGCUACGCCCAGUACGACGGCACUGUCACCUCGAUCCAGCUUCUUAAUGAGCCAGCAGGCUUUGUUGGAGGCAACAUUCUCGACUACACGAAAAAUUACUACUACAAUGGCUAUGGUGCUGCGCGAUCCAGGUUUGGCAAUGCUGCUAUUAUGAUUCACGACGCUUUUCAGACGCUGUCCUACUGGAACGGCUUUAUGCAGCCGCAACAGUUCCAGCAGGUGUUGCUCGACACGCACAUCUACCAGGUCUUUUCGCCCGCCGAGGUGGCUAGGAACGAAAAUGAUCGUCUGAACACGUUUUGCGGUAUGGCCAACGGACUUGCGUCGUCGGAUAAGAACCUGUGGACCAUUGAAGGCGAGUGGACCAAUGCGCCUACCGACUGUGCCAAGUAUCUGAACGGCAGGGGGGUGGGCGCUCGGUACGACGGCAGCUACCCGGGCAGCUACUAUGUCGGCAGCUGUUCUGACAAGACCGGAGACGGCUCCAACUUUUCUGACGCCUACAAGAACACUCUGAGGCGCAUGUUUGAGACGCAGAUCUCGGUGUAUGAGCGUGCGUCGGGUUGGGUGUUUUGGACGUGGAAGACGGAGCAGGCUGCCGAUUGGGACUAUCAGCGUGGUCUGAGGAAUGGCUGGAUCACAUACAACCUCGACUCGAGACCCAAUGCUCGGUGCUGA